AUUUCACCAUCUUAGGCACUUUUAGUGUAUCCUUUGUUAUUUGUAUUUAUUUUAUGUAUUUUUUAGCCCAUUUCGUCAUUAUUAUCUCUAACAAAAAUUCGAUGUGUUUUUGCUAAUUUUUUGCGUUAUUUUAAGUUUAAUCUAAAUUCUGCCUCAAAGAAACACUUUUAAAUUGGAAUAAUACAUUUUAACUGUAUCUUUUACAUAAAUGUGUGUUUUUUUCAGUGGAAUCACACUUUUCAACGCCUAGUAAUCUUAAUUCCAGUAUGAUUUAAAUGAUUUAAUUACUCUGUUUGAAAAUGAUUCCUAAUGAAAUUUACCGCUUUCCUUGCGGAUGUUUCAAACAUCUAUCGCAUCGCAUUCGCCAUUUCUCUAUCAUGGAGUACUAUAGAUCGGUCCGUCCAGUCCCUCCUCCCGUGGAAACCAGUCUAACACUGCCCUGUGUGAAAAAGGAACUAGAUACUCCAAUAAAUGAUAAACUUGUAAGGUCAACAAGACCUUACGUUGGUCCUCAGAUAUCCACUAGGCAACCGGUCCCUCUUGAAGCUAGUACAGUAUCUUGGAUGUCUCCAACUCAGCCUAAAGAUCCUAGAUUUCUAAAAGUUGCUCUUCUUGGCCUUCCAAACUCAGGAAAAAGUUCAUUCCUAAACUCUAUUUUAAAUUCGACAAUUUCAGCUGUAUCGCCCAAAGUAAACACCACCAGGGAGGAUAUUAAGGGCAUCUUGACUAUAGAUAACUGCCAAAUUGUCCUAAUUGACUCACCAGGGAUUAUCGCAUCUCAUAAAAGGAGGAAGUUUUGUAAGGACUUGGUCAGGACUGCUUGGAAAGGCUUUGAUGAAGCUGACCUUUGUUUGUUUCUGGUGGACGCUGUUAAACGUCCUAAGAGUGAUUUGUACAAUAUUCUGAGGGUUCUUUCUGGCAAGAAUCCUUUAGAAGAACAUGUUGAAAAGUAUCAAACCUCCUCAAGUCCUGAUUCAUAUGAAACUUCACUCGAUGACCCUUUUCCAGACGAUUUUGAAGACAGUAUAGAUUCCGAAGAGGAUGAUGAGCCUGAGGAUAGAAAUGGUAAAAGAGAAGUCCCAAUAGCCCUGGUCUUAAACAAGAUAGACCUUGUUUCCCAUAAAAAGUGGGUCAAAUCUCGAGUUAAGGAGCUGAAGGUCCACGGGAACUUUUGUGAUGUUUUUUACACCAGCGCCAAAUACUCCAUGGGAUUCACGCCACUAAUCAAUUUCCUUAAACUAUCUUCCAAGCCAGGACCCUGGGUUUAUCCUUCAGAUAUGGUAACAACUAUGAGCAAGGUCAAGGUGGUUGAACAGCUCGUCAGAACUUACAUCUUCUGUUGGUUCAACAAGGACGUUCCUUACAAAAUUGAUCAAAGUAUAAUAGGCUGGACUUACGCUGAGAACGGUACUCUGAACAUAGAAAUGGAACUCUAUGUUAAGAGUGUAAAGGUUGCCAAGAUGAUUUGUGGAAUUAAGGGGAGGAUUUUAAAGCAACUACAGAAGAACGUUGCAUACAAGCUCAGCAAGAUGUGGAAUGAGGUGGUAUUCCUCUUCAUACACGUUAAACUGAGAUGAUUUCUUUUAAAAGCAAGAAUUAAUUUUUAAAUUGCA